AUGGAAAUAGAGAGCCAGGGGGAACAUAUACGUUUUGAGGCGCUUCAUUCGGCGCUUUCAUAUGCCCUACAGAAGACGUUAUCAAAGCUCACACUGAAGACGUUCGUGUCGUGUUAUCCAGAGAUAGACCACCAUGUUCUGGACUACGUGCGUAAGCAGAUCUUGAAGUCGUGGCAGACACGAGCGGAAGCCGAGUUUCAGAAGAUAUUCACCGAGCGGGGCCUUAAAGGGAAGUUAGAUGACUUGGAUACGGUGAUUCAGAAUGCAGAGAAGCGGAAAAAGAAGUUCGAGCAUGAGAGCAGGAUGGGCGGAGGAGAUGGCGUGCAGGACAUGAGAAGAAAUAUCUCGGCACUGUCGCCGUCGGAGUUGUCGAAGAUGUAUAUAGUGACGGAGAAACAGAAGUCGCUGGAACUGCUCCACACGGAGCUACAGGCGAUCAAGGGCGCCAACGAGGAGCUCCUUGCAAGGAUUGAAGGCUUUAAGAGGGAGAUAGACAGCAACGUCAGCGAGUACGGGCCGGUGACAGAUGACCUGAAGGUUCUUGACGAUAUUGAUGAGACUUCCGAGGAGGCCGCGUUCAAGGAGAUGGUCGAAUGGGCGGUUGAGGAGCUUACGAAGUUCGACUAG